AUGGGGCGAUUCCGGUCCCAAGUUCGGGGCGCGGCGGCCCGCAUCGUCCUAGAGGGACGCUCCGGGCCGGGGCCCCGCGGCGGCGGCGGCGCGAACGAGGACGGGCCGAGUAGUGCCCCGCGGCCCCGGCCCCGGCCCAUCUGCCCGAGGCCCCCGCCCGCACACGCUCACCUCUCCCCGUCGCCGCGCGUGGGCCGCCGCCGCGCUCAGGCUCGCCGUGGUCGAGGCCGGAGCAAGGUGCGGAAGCGUGGGGCCUGCGACGGAGAGAACCGUGCCGCGCCGCGCCAGGACCCAGCCCUCCGCAUCCGCCGCCGCCGCCGCCGCCGCCGCCUCAGCUUCCAAGAUGGCUGCUCCCGGGGCGGGGCCCUGGCCCGCUUCCGCUUCCGGUGUGCGGGCCUCUGGGGCGGCCGCUCUAGGCGGCCCGGAGGACGUCGCCCGCGUCUCCCUGUCCCCGCCAGCCCCGGAAGCUGCGCCGGCGCCAGGAGAGCAGUCAGCGCGUGCGCACAAGCGGACAACUCCGCGGGGCGGGGUCCCAAGUGGUGGUGGGGAGAGCGGCGGGCGCGCUGGAAGGCGGCUUCGUGGCUUCGUCCGCCUCCCUGCGGGCUGGCUGAUUUGACUCCCCGGAGCCUCGGGAUGACCCCGACCGCCCUCCGGCCUGCGUGCGGGAAGCCGUCUAGGCCACCCCGCCCUGCAGUGUCCUCCCCGCGGGCCGCUGAGGGUCCAGCGCUGGCCUUCUCUGUCCACUGUGAGGCCAUGGGACGUUCAGCCGUAAAAAUGACCGAAUUUCCCGCCGGCCCUGAGUGGGGUCCCGCUCACAGCCCCGGCCGCACCGCCCGAGUUCCUCCCGCCGGCCGUGCAGGGCCGCGCGGUUCAGACCCCGGGGCCCGCCGCUCGUCCGGCCCCGCGCCAGGAUCAGUCUGGGGCUUGCUGCGGGCCCCGGGCACCCUGAUUUCCUGUGGUCCAGCCGUGGCCACGCCUCGGGCAGAGUUCAGGCCCGGGGGCAGAAGCGGAGGAGCGUCCAGCUGUCCGUGGGUCCGUCCGUGGGAACCUGGCCGCCCUCCCCCGCCCCAUCCGGGGUCCUGCCACCCCUACGCAGGGCGGCCCAGCUGUCCUGAGGGUGGACAGUUUUGUCCAGGAGGCCGCCCAGGUCCUGGAUAGAAGCAGAGGCAGAUCCUGGGCUCACCCAGGUUUACUUAUUUGAAAGGUGUGGGGGCUCUGGGUCCCCGGGACCCGCGAGACUCUGCUCCGGAAGACGCGGGACACGGACGACUCUGCCCACAGCGUGACCCCAGCGCGCAGCACAGCCAGCAGUAAGGAAACAAGCCGGGUCGGUCUCCAGGCCCGGCCACCGUCCCGCACCACCAACAGGUGGAGGCAGACGCCUUUGGUGACUGCUGGGCCUGGGCCUCACGCCGAGUCCUUCGCUGACUUCCUCCUGUGUGGACAGUCCCGGAUGCCAGCUCCUGCAAACUGCCCCUUCUCUGUUUCAGUCGCAAGACGGCGGCGGAGAGGCGAGUGCGGAGCUGGCGUUUCUGGGGGUUUGGCAGUGCAGUGCAGAUUCCUGCGAGGAGAAGAAGGAGACCACGGAGAACGCUAACCCGGGACAGCAGGUGAGCGACACAAAACUUCGUGAAGCUCCAAUGACGUGGGGGAGCGAGUCGGCCUUGAGUGUCUGCUGGCUGAUCCUGGCCAGGCGAUCGCCGCCCGUAACUCUUGCAGUCUUUGACUCGUUGGUUGAUCUAUCCCCGCUUGGUGGCCUGAGACUGUGGGAGUCUCGUUGCCGUUUCGCAAUGAACUCCUGAGUCGAGAUGGAGUCACUGAGGGCGCACCUGCUGCUGUUCCUGCCGCGGGAGCCCAGCGUGCUAGCAGUGAGCUUCCGACAGACCUUUCAUACGUUUGGUGUGAUGACAGAAACGCGAUAGAAACCGGAUUCAGUCCAAGGCCCAGGCAAGUUGACGGGAUUCAGAGGCUUGGGCUUUGAGACAAAAUCAUUGUAGACUGCUGGUUCUAUUGAAAGGAACGGAAUGGAUGAGGCAGGCAGUCCAGGUAACUCUGGAGGGUGUGUUGAAGGUAACCGUCCAGGGCACGUGGGGCGGGGCAGUGCAGGCUCGCUCUCUGCUGGCUUCCCCGAGUGUGGCGGUGGCUUUGCCGUGGCUGAGGGCAAAAGAAAACCAUUGAGUAGCUGCGGGAAGGUUGCGGAAGUGCCGUGUCGGGGACCAAGGGGCGGGAGGAGCCAGCCCCCGCUGUGCCGAGUUAAAGGGUGUCAGCCCCGUGCCGCAGGACAGUCUGAGAGUCCUUAGUUUCGGUUUGUUGAAGUAAAUACGCGACGAACUGCACAGGAUGUAAAGAACCCUGGCGGGCCCCAGUCGAUGAACGUCAAAUUCCGGAUGUUGCCGGAUUGUCCUCCACAGGAACCCCAGGUGUCCCCCCGCCAGGGUACAGAGCCGCGGGGUCUCUCUGGGAAACUGGGCUACGUCUGAGAAAUUAACAAUAAGGGGAUAACAGACACUUUCAGAAUGAUGGAAAACGAGUGUAACAGCAGAAAAAAAUCCCGUAAGGAAUCCAGUCCCACUGUUGGCAUCGUACCCCCCCACUGGGGGAUAGCUCCAAGCACGGAGCUGGCCCCCAAACAUGGUGGAAGCGUUCGGUAUCCGGGCGAAAUGCUGAGUUCUUUCCUUUCAUCGGGAAGCUGGGGCCGCCGUCCUCGGCAACAGGAGCAGGCGCAGCCCAGCCCACGGUGCGCAGUGAGGGCGGGUGGGGUGGUGAGGUGUGCUCCGGCCCCGACGCACGGGUCAGAACGGCCGUCACCCCGAGGAGCAGUUCUGCAGGCGCCACCGGGUCCCCGGGGAAACGAGGGCGCCGUCUUCCUCCCUGCGGGGAAGUGAGGGCGCCGUCUGCCUCCCUGGCGGGGAAGCGAGGGCGCCCUCUUCCUCCCUGGGCAGAUCUCUCGUCUGGGCCCGCGUGGGGACUCUCCCUCUGCGUUGCUUUUUGCUGUUUGGGCUGUGGCGAUGACAGAGUCCACGCCGCCAUUUUCUCGGCCGCCGGCAUCGACGCUGGGCCCCCGGUUCGGAGCCUUUCUGGUCUGGUUACUCGAAGGGGGCACCAGACCCUUCUCCAGUGUCUGAGAAGACAAGACCAUGGCCUCGGCCUAGGGGCCGGAGGGCUCAGCUCCCGGGAAUGCGGUAGCUCGUAUUCAUGUGUGUUGUAUGUAAUCUAUUUAUAGUAUGCAGGUACAUUUACCCCCUCACCCCCGACUUCGCCGAUUGGAAGUGUUUUUCUGCCCGCGACACUGGUUCUCCCAUAGGUAAAUUUUAAAAUUAAGAGUGAAAAGAGCGGUAGCCCGGAGGUUUUGGGGGUUGUCCCCUUAAUUCCCCCUUUUCUGUUUUAAUAAAUGAGUUUUAAGUGUA